ACGUCAACCGCUGCACGUUACUGCUCCAUGGCGACCGUUCGCGGUUUACGGGUGUCUGUGAGGUCCGACAGCGGCUCCGACCGCUCGGAGUGCGAUGUCGAGUCCGAGUCGGAUAAAGAUGCCCGCGAAUCGGAGCCCAUGGAGGUGGAGGAAGGGGAAGUAGAGGCAGACGACAUCCCCAUAAACCGUUCUCUGAAAGAGCUGUUACCGGACACCAGCCGGCGUUAUGAGAACAAAGCAGGCACCUUCAUCACUGGGAUAGAUGUCAACUCCAAGGAAGCAAUUGAAAGGAAGGAGAAGAGAGCGAGGCGUUUUCAUUUCCGUGCUGAAGUAAACCUAGCUCAGAGGAAUGUGGUUCUGGAUAAAGACCUGAUGAAGAAAGCUAUCCCUAAAGUGCGAUUCGAGGCACUCCAUGUGACAGGCGUGGAUGACAUGAGUACCCAGGAUGUGUUCGGAUAUUUUAAGGAGUAUGCUCCGGCGCAUAUUGAGUGGAUAGAUGACACAUCCUGUAACGUUGUGUGGCUAGAUGAUGUCACCUCCACUCGAGCACUUAUCAACGCCAGCCGGAUGCUCGACCAAGACACUGUUGCCAUGAAGACAGAGGACUCCAAACAGGACAGAAAAGCCGAUGAAGAGAGUAGAGGACCCAGGACACAGAGUUCUGAUGAUGAAGAAGAGGAGGGUGAGGUUGACGAGGAUGAGGAGGAAACUGAAAAACAGAAAAACAGUGGGGAGAGCGAGGGAGAAAUGGACAAGAAUCCUAAAGCGGAGGAUAGCCAGAUUAAACUCUUGUCUCAGGUGGAGAUGGAAUCCCUGUUACGAAAUGAUUUACGGCCGGCCAUCAAACCCUUCAAAGGCAAUAAACUCUUCCUACGAUUUGCCACUCAGGAUGACAAGAAAGAGCUUGGUGCUGCACGACGAAGCAGAUACUACAUGAAAUACGGAAACCCGAAUUAUGGUGGAAUGAAGGGAAUUCUCAGCAACUCCUGGAAGAGGAGGUUUCACACACGAAGAAUUCAGAGAGAUGUCAUUAAGAGUAAGAAGCCUCUCAUUGGUGACAGCAUGGGACACACUCCACCGUACACACACAGACACUCAGCUGACCUUGUCAACCUGCCAGAGGAGCCCAUCAAGGAAGAAGAGGAGGAAGAGGAGGAGGAAGAAGAGGGGGAGGAGGACAUGGAUUCAGAUGACAGGGUGGUUGAGUAUAAGGAGAGGGGGGGCAGGGGGGACAGCCAGCGAAUGGCAGGCUCAGGUGGGCUGCGAAGCCGGUUGGGUCGCUCCACUUCUCCGUCAUCUGAAUCAGAUGAGAUGGACUACGACCUGGAGCUAAAGAUGAUCUCUACGCCCUCGCCCAAGAAGAGCAUGAAGAUGACCAUGUAUGCUGACGAGCUGGAGACCAACCUCAAAAGCAUCCGGAACUCUGUACAGAGUGACAGUAGUUCAGUGAGUGGAGUGCGGAACAGGAUCGGUGUUGUUGGUGGUACCAAAACCACAGCAGGGAACACGGUGACAGAUGUCAGGCAGCUGCUAGAGGAGAAGCGACAAGGACUCAGCCAGCACAGACAGCAACCCAAUUUGGUCACUGCUGGAAAGACAGAUGUGCGGCAGCGCUUGGGUAAGAGGCGCUAUUCUCCUGAGAGACAACGCUCCACGUCCCCUGUUUCUGUGAGAGACACGCCCUCGUCCAGGGAGUCAGCCAGAGAUGUGCACAGCAGACUGGGCACGGCCAGUGAAGAUGCCAGAAGCCUCUACUCAAAUACAUCCAAAGACAGAAAGACAAGUCGCCUGUGGAGCAGAUUAGGACCCUCUGACACCAUUGCCCUGAACGACAAUGAAAAACGUGUUUGUCGUGAUCAGAGUUCAAGCCAGGGCUCGGGCCUCUCUGCCAGGCUGGGCAAUGGUGGGAGGAGCAAGAUCAGCAAGAAGAGGAGAGACAGUAAGGAAAAGGAUGAAGAUGAUGAGGAUGAAGAGGAGGACGACUCCACACUUCAGAGGGUGUGGGGAGCUAUGAUUAAACAGAAACAGGAGCAGUUUUCCCACAGAUUGAAGAAGAGCAACCUGGACAACCUUCCCUCACUCCAGAUCGAGAUCAGCAGGGACAGCAGCAAUGGUUCAGACUCAGACUCCUGAAAGAGAGAGAGAGAGAUAUGGAUAUGCAGGGUGAAGGAGAUGUUAUUGAAAUUGAAAGGGGCAGAAUGUUUUUCCUGUUUUUUCUUGCCCUUUUGCAAUCAGCAUCAUGUUAUUCACCAUGUUCGAUAAAUGUGCAGCAUUCUGUCAACACGCGAAGGUAACACAACACACUGACACACAUGAUAACACUCUGAGGACACCUUAUCCAGUAUGUCUCAGAGCAUUGUGACUGCAUACAUUUUCAUCAUUGGUGGCCUCAGUGGAAAAGGAACACCUAACCCUUCUGCUGUCAGUGCUGCGCUCUACCCAUCAGGAUGAUCAGGCAUUGGUACUCUUUCAGAGAACUGCUACAGGGAACCAGCGUUAAGCUGUACGGGACCACUUAUAUCACAUUUUACUUCAAGCCAUUAAGCUUAUGCUGUUAUCCAUGAGUAUUUCUGAUAAUAGAGAAGGGUAGGAGGUCACUGAUGAAUUGCUGGUCAUGUAGGUUGUUGUUGAGAUUGAGCCAGGAAAACUCAAUGUUACAGGCUGGUCUUUUUGAUACAGAAACACUUUAUAUCUGUUUGCUAUUUUACUGGGCUUUUUGUUUGUUUUUGUUUUGUUUUUUUGUUUUUUUUGGGGGGGGAGGUGUGCUAUACUGAUCACAUUUGUAGCACAGGCUUUUCUUUCAGUUUUUUAGCUUUACCUUUUCUUUCCCCACUGUGGAUAUUUAGGACAGUUCCUCUUCUUCCGAUCCUGUUUCUUAUUCUAUCUGGCAUGAAGCGUUAAGCGUAUGACAAAAAAUAUAAGCUACAGCUUCCUCAAUGAGUGCUAGCAAGGAGUGGUGUGUCAAUGAUAACAAGAAGGGGAAAAGUGCAGUUGUGCAGGGGAUCCAAAUUUGCAACAUGUAAAAUUAACUCCAUGGUAAGGAUACACACUGUUGUUUUGACCCCUGUUUGUAUUUUUUUUAAGAUGAGACCUGAACUUGGACUGAUAAGAACGUUAAGAAACGCUGGCUUUGAAAGAGAUAUGAGAGAAGAUGUUAAUUAUUACAAUAUUUUCUGUCAUUGAAAAGAACAAAAAAAAUUAA